AUGUCAACACCGGCCGCCGAAACGCCAACCCCUGAAGCCAUCGCCAUCGCGGCCUUGGAGGAGGCCCUCCGGCCGGCCUCCGCCGCCGGCAUUUCGGAACCCUCUCCGCCUUCUCCUCCCGCUGCCCCGGCCGCCGCCGCUGCGCAGAGGUCCGUCCCGGAGGGCGUGACGGUCGUCUUCGCGGAGCGCAAAAGGACGGGCCGCGUCGCCGGAAACAAGUACAAGGCCGACGGCACCCCCUACAAGCGCCCCGGCCCAGCGCCGAAGCCGCUGGAGGAGCGCGCCAAGUACAAGUCGCGCGGGCCCGUGAAGCGCAUGGAGCGCUCGUACACGGACCAGAGGCGGCGCGAGGUGGUCAUGUUCCUGCUGAACCACAAGGUGCGGGUGGAGGACGAGAACGACGUGCGCGGGCGCAAGAACUGGAACGGCGGGCGGGAGGACCAGAGGCCGCCCGAGGAGCCGGGGUACAGGUGGGCGACGCUGGCGGAGGCGUCCGAGUGGUUCAAGAUGCCGGAGCGGACGGUGCACAGCUGGUGGAAGCGGCGGGACCAGAUCCUGGGGAACGUGCCGAGGAAGCUGACCAAGGUGGAGAAGAGGAGGCUGGCGGAGGAGGAGGAGAGGAGGAAGAAGGAGAACGAGGAGAGGAGGGGGUUGUUGGAGGCUAUCGGGUGGCCGAGGGAGGCGCUGCCGGAGGCCGUGCCCGGGUUCGAGUCGGCGUGGCACCGGGCUGCGGAGGACGCGAGGAUGCAGACGGACGGGAUGAGAGGGGGCGCCGGGACGCCGGCGCCGCUGCGAGGGGCGAUGGACGGUGAGGCUGGGACGCCUGGCCCGACGUUGCCGCCGCUUGGGGAGGGUUCUCGUCUGCCGACGCCUGUGGAGGGGUCUCCGAGCGUGUACGAGCCGGGUCCGGCGGGUGAGCCUGCGACACCGGCACCGGCACCGGCGGAGGGGCAGUGGAGGGGCAGGAAGAAGCAGGACCCUAGGGAGAGGCUGAUGUGGAAGGCUGCUAAUGUUCAGCUGCCGCUCCCUCCUAUUAUCGUCGACCCGUCAGGCUGUACCGUCAGGACGCUGGGACCGUCGACGCCCGUUGUCCGGUCUCCGAUGUCUGGUGGCCUGAUGCCUGCUGGUCAAAUGCCACCUGCUGCUGCCAUCCAGAGGCCAAUGCCUCCUAUGCAGACACCAAGCACUACUGUUCGGCCGCCGAUCCCUAUCGAUAUGCCGGGCUACAGACGCAUAUUGCCAAGGGCAUGA